AUGGCGUUAAAAAACCUACUAGGAACGAUGCACGAUAUAUGGCGUAUGCGUCGCAUGCCUGCACAAGUGCGCGCAAAGGACACACGACUUGCAUUUACUGAUAUUAUUGGCGAUGAAAGUCAAAAAGGUCGAUGGCUUCGUACUGUCAAGCCAGUAUUCCAUGGAGAUCUGGUGCGUGUGGAAGGCGAGGUUAUCGGUCUCAGUAACUCAUCAAUGGCAGUGCAAGUAAGCGGUUACCGUCACGACAUCCCCAGUGGCAAGUUUCAGCAUACGCACGAUGCUUUGAUUACGAUGGUAGCCAUUAAUCGCUUUGGACGACCGAGAAAAGGACUUCCGCAGCUUUUUGAUGCCGAUCGGGCAGAAUAUUGUCUCAAGAUGAAGGAGGUAGCAAACCAGCGGAAAGAAUUAGCCAAGAGAUGGAGGAAUGAACAAGAUGCAGUAGACGAUAUCCCUUUCAUCAAAAACACUGACUUGCUGCCAGGGAAAUCCAAGACAGAAUACGUUGCUGUGAUGGAGACGGAGAUCGAAGUACGCAACUGGUUCUUACCACGCAAUCUUAAUAUCAACGAGACUGUUUUUGGUGGUGACCUGCUCACUUGGAUGGACCGUGCUGCGUUGUACUGUGCACAGAACUUUACAAAGUCGGAAAAAAUGGUGACGAUUGCAAUGAAUCGCGUGCUUUUUAAGCUCCCAAUAUCAGUCUCAGAUGUCGUCACGGCGCGCGCCCGCGUUGUUAAUGUUCGUCGCUAUCGUUUGGAGGUUGAGGUUGAAGUGUUUGUUAACUCCGUAGUAGGCGGUGGGGAGCAGAAGUCUCACAGCGGCUACUUUACGGUGCUGAAUUUGAAUGAAGAAAACGCCUUCAAGCCGAUUAAGAAGGGCCUCAAGAUCGAUCACGAUAACCAACGUGAGAUGCGCAUGUUGUUGAAGGCCCAAAAGCGUCUAGAACAAUCGACAGCCCCAUCACGAACGCCGUCUAGCAAGUGCCGCCGCUUGUAUCUUUGCUGA